GCAGUCAAGGAAAGUUCCCGGGAGCCCUUUAAAACAGAAAGGAAGUGGGACUGACGACAGAUGUGUGCCUGUUCUUUGCACCCCUGUUGGUCCCUGGGACGUGGAGCACCUGCUUGUGAGAGCACACCAGGCAGCCACCUGUGAAACCUGGCGUCACAUGCAGGACCUGCCUGGCUUUCUUCAUAGACCCAUGUCCUGCUUGUACUAGAAGCUGACCUCACACUGAGGACCAGGUGAACUCCCGGGAGAGCAUGGCCCACGUGGAGGACUCUAGGUGGACGCCCUGGCUCCCCGUCCUGGUGGCGUCCCUGAUGUGUUCGGCCGGAGCAGAGUACUCCAACUGCGGCGAAAACGAGUACUACAACCAGACCACAGGGCUGUGCCACCAGUGUCCCCCCUGCGGGCCAGGGGAGGAGCCAUACAUGUCCUGUGGCUAUGGCACCAAAGACGAGGACUACGGCUGCGUGCCCUGCCCAGCAGAGAAGUUUUCCAAGGGAGGCUACCAGAUCUGCAGGCGCCACAAAGACUGCGAGGGCUUCUUCCGGGCCACAGUGCUGACACCGGGGGACAUGGAAAAUGAUGCCGAGUGUGGGCCGUGUCUCCCUGGUUACUACAUGUUGGAAAACAGGCCCAGGAACAUCUACGGCAUGGUCUGCUACUCCUGCCUCCUGGCUCCCCCCAACACCAAGGAAUGUGUGGGAGCCACUCUGGGGGUUUCUGCCAACUCCCCCAGCACCUCUGGCGGCAGCACCCUGUCCCCCUUCCAGCAUGCCCAUAAAGCAGAACUCUCGAGCCAAGGACACCUAGCCACCGCCCUGAUCAUCGCCAUGUCCACCAUCUUCAUCAUGGCCAUCGCCAUCGUCCUCAUUAUCAUGUUCUACAUCAUGAAGACAAAGCCUUCGGCCCCAGCCUGCUGCACCAGCCCCCCAGGGAAGAGCGUGGAAGCCCCCGUGAGCAAGGACGAGGAGAAGAAAGAGGCCCCAGACAGUGUGGUGAUUUUCUCUGAGAAGGAUGAAUUUGAGAAACUGACAGCAACUCCAGCAAAGACCACCAAAAGUGAGAAUGAUGCCUCCUCUGAGAACGAGCAGCUGCUGAGCCGGAGCGUGGACAGUGAUGAGGAGCCGGCCCCCGACAAGCAGGGCUCCCCGGAGCUGUGCUUGCUGUCGCUGGUGCACCUGGCCAGGGAGAAGUCUGCCACCAACAAUAAGUCAGCUGGGAUCCAAAGCAGAAGGAAAAAAAUAUUGGAUGUGUAUGCCAAUGUGUGUGGCGUUGUUGAAGGUCUCAGCCCCACAGAGCUGCCCUUCGAUUGCCUGGAGAAGACCAGCCGGAUGCUCAGCUCCACAUACAACUCCGAGAAGGCCGUUGUGAAGACGUGGCGCCACCUUGCUGAAAGCUUCGGACUGAAGAGGGACGAGAUUGGGGGCAUGACGGAUGGCAUGCAGCUCUUCGACCGCAUCAGCACGGCGGGCUACAGCAUCCCAGAGCUGCUCACAAAACUGGUGCAGAUCGAGCGGCUGGAUGCGGUGGAGUCCUUGUGUGCGGACAUCCUGGAGUGGGCGGGCGGGGCGCCGCCCACCUCCCCGCCCCCCACUGCAUCCUGAGGAGCGGCUUUGGACUGUCCUCCGAGGACGAGCUAGGGAUCCAACAAGGCCUCUGCAGUUGUGAGCGGUGCCAUCAGACUGCCACAAUCAAGGCUGCUUCUGAUGCCUCACUGUAUGCCUUCAGCUGCUCCAAGGAGCAAGAGGAAAGGAGGCCUGUCUUCCAAGCUAACGAAAGAUAAAGGAUUAGUGUGAGGGUGCUCCUGGUUCCCCACCUGACCUCGCCAGGCAGAAUAUUUGUUCAUUGAUUGGGCCAGCCAGCCAGCCCAUCGUGAAUUCAUUCAAAGACACUGUUGGGUACUCAACCACGUGGGGACAAUAGAGGUGAAGAAUCUGGCCCUGCUUUAAGGAUCUUACACUCAGUGGAAGACAGAAGAUACGUCUAUGAACCACUUUGCAAGAAGAGAUCAAAUGAGCUACAUGAGGGGACACUGAGAAAAUGGAAUGAAGGUUCUAAGAAGAGUGGUUUCCCACAGGGGUGAGGAAGGAGGGCAUCCACGGAGAAAGCAGCUCCAAAGUUUUAGUCAAAUGGUUACAAGUGCAGAUCCCAUUCCAUUUAUUGUUUCAGGGAGAGCCCAGUCUGCUGAUGUCCGUGUGGUUUCAUUGGGAUAACCUGAGCUGUUUCAAGGUCACCCACGUUCCUAUAGGCCGUGCAGCGACCUCACUCACUCUGUGUCCUGCUGUCACAUGCAAUUCGUGUAUCUGUCCAAUCAAGGAGAUGUGUGGUGCUUGACUAUAGGGAUCCUAGGCCUAGGGACCUGAGGGUUCUGGAUUGCGUAUGAAUGGCCUUCCCCCUCUCGCCCUUAGGCAGACUUGAUCCUUUUGGGGCAGCAACACUCAAGGACACAAGCAGUUUAAAUUAUGAUGUGUCCAGCAACAUUUUUGCCUUAAACAAAUAUGAGUGGUCAGCUCUACUUAGGGACAUGAAGACCUCCUGAGAGUUCAGUGUCCCAGACAUGUGGAUGAGGUCGUGUUGUAAGAGUUUCAGACUCAGUUCUCUGAGCCAAUCAGGGACAGUAGAGCCGGUGGUGCAAUGCAGAGUCUGGGAUUGGGUCCUGGGCUAUUUUCUUCUCCUCCCUCAACCUCGGUUUUACUUCUGCAAAUGAGAGGUUGACCUUUAAUUCUGUAGUCAGGAAAAGUAAGGCUCAGGUGAGCAAAAAGAAAGCAGAGCCAGGAAUUGUGGUACACACCUGUAAUCCCAGUGAUUUGGGAGGCUGAGACAAGAGGAGCUCAAGUUCAAGGCCAGCCUCAGCAACUUAGAAAGACCCUGUCUCAAAAUAAAAAGGUCUGGGGAUGUAGCUCAGUGGUACAAUGCCCCUGGGGCCAAUCCCCAGUCAAAAGAACAAAAACAAAAACAAAAACAAAAAAUGAAGAAAGGAAGAAAAGAAAAGAAAGGAACUGCCUGGCCCUAGAGGUACUCCAGGGAGCAAAUAAAGUGAGGGUCAUCAAGCAGAACGGGAAUAAAAACAGAAAAACUCACAAUUGGCGUCUUCACAGUAACUGCAAUUGUUUGACAGAACAUUCAUAGAGAUAAAGUUAACAAACUGGCAUUGUUCUUGGCAGAUUCUCUUAUUCCACCUGCAGUUGCCAAGAGCUGGGGAGCCAGGGUAAUGAUCACUCCGGGGGGUUAAUGUUGAGCUUGCUGCUCAGCCCCCUCGUGAUAAGUGACUGUGGUGAUUACUAAAUUAAAAUAAAGUCUCUGACUUACAAAGCGAUGCUUUGAAAAUUGUAAGUCGCAUGACUGAACCAACGCUUUGGGGGGAAGUCAGUCAGUCGUGUGUUUAAAGCCAACAAGCAAUUCCCGACCACUGAAUGUGGGACGUACUGUGAGAGGGUCAUAAUUAGGCCCUGAAUAUUUAAUGUCAUCAUUUACUGUGUCUGUUUGCUGCUGUUUUUUCUGAGUCUAUCUGGUGUAUCCUGCAAGCUAAAUACUCCGCAGCAAAGCUUAAUUAUCCUUUUAAUUCCUGUUCGAAAUCCUGUGGUGCCCCUUUCCCCCUGCUUUGCAAUAAUGAUGAUGAGAGUCUACCCUUAAUUAGACUGAAAAUGUCACAUGUGAUGAGAGAGUAGGCCCAGGAUAACGGCUCCAAGCCUCCUUUAAAUGUUCUUAGGGAAGGCCGUUCUGGGCUGCUGGAGGCUGGCCUCACCUGACCCUAUUGGAGACCAAAGGUCCAGCCAACAUGGAGCCUGUGCUGUUGGCUCUCAACCUGCUGUUCUUCAGGAGCUUGUCCUUAAAUGGUUGCACAUUCCCUUGUCAUUUACUUAUUUAGAAAUAAAUCCAAGGAAGGUUUGUUCCAAAGAGAUUUUGCCUACUCUAGGGAAUUCAUAAUCAAUGAGACCAAAAUGAUUCUUACUGACCAAAACUGAGAUUCUCCACCCUGCCAUUUUCUCUGUAAACAGUCCAAUUUUGCAAUAUGUAAAAGGAUUUAAUAAACACCCCAGGCUAGGUCUGUGGCCUUUAGCCAGUGAAGUCUUAAUUGUGGACAUUUUUAUCUAUUUCUGUAUAUAUAACUUAUUAGAUUUUAUAAUCACAAU